AUUUGAAGGCGUCAUGACCCUAUCCCAAAUUAAAAUUAGUCGUGUUUCCAUUAUGAGAACACCAAAAUAGUAGAACAGGCCAUCUGGACAUCAAACCCUUCUUUUUUCUGUGGGUGGCCCAAGCCGCUAAAACCGAUGAUAUCCACAGCAACCUAACAUCGGAGCUACAUUCCCACUUCUUGCAUGGACUGAGCCCCAGAUUGAGCCACUGAUCUGACUAAGCUAGGGAUUGCACCAUCCAUCUUCAUAUUGCGUCUCUUUCAAAUUCAUGAGUUGAAGUUGGUGAAGAGAUGGCUUCGCUCUUGGACACCCCUGGUGGAGGCGGAGGAGGAGGAGGCGGGUCGGCCUCGACCUCCUUGGAGGAUGGAGGCGGAUUAGGUGUGCCCGAGGUCAUGCUUCGCCCGGAUUACUCUUCGAUCGCCGCGUCCACUUCGCUGAUUUCGCCCAACGAGAGCCAAUUCGAGCUGAUUCUACAGCGGGUUCGCGAUCUCAUGGAGGAAGGACGAGGUGAAACGAUUUAUGACGUAGGCAUUCCUCUGCAUGACGGCGAGGACGGGACAGUGUCUGACCGAGGUUUGACCGAGGACGAGUUCCAGGCCUCAGAGGCCACGCUUCAGUCCAUCGCCGCCACGUUGGAUGCGGAGUGCGUCCAAUUGCGCGGGCACGCUUGCGAGGAGAAUGCGGCCAAGAAGACAGCCCAGUUUCUGAUUCGCAGGCGCUAUGAUGAGAAGGACUUCAUGGAGAUCCGCAUUGCCGUUGUGGGCAACGUGGAUGCCGGCAAAUCCACUCUAUUGGGUGUUUUGACACACGGGGAAUUGGACAAUGGUCGCGGGUUUGCUCGACAAAAGCUUUUUCGGCACAAACAUGAGGCCGAAUCCGGACGAACCAGUUCGGUGGGAAACGACAUUCUAGGCUUUGACUGUGCGGGUCAAGUGGUGAACAAGCCGGAUCACGGCAAUCUCGAUUGGGUGCGUGUCUGUGAGAAAUCCGCUAAAGUGAUUACCUUCAUCGAUUUGGCCGGUCACGAGAAGUACUUGAAGACCACCGUUUUCGGGAUGACGGGUCACGCCCCGGAUUUUGGAAUGUUGAUGGUUGGGGCCAAUGCUGGAAUUGUUGGCAUGACCAAAGAGCAUCUGGGCUUGGCCUUGGCCUUGAGUGUCCCCGUGUUUGUGGUGGUCACCAAAAUUGACAUGUGCCCGCCCAACGUGCUCCAAGAGACCUUGAAACUCUUGGUGCGAAUCCUCAAAUCUCAAGGAUGUCGCAAGUUCCCCGUCAUGGUCAAAACGGCCGAUGAUGUGGUGCUCUCCGCCACCAAAUUCGUUUCCGAGCGGUUAUGCCCCAUUUUUCAGGUCUCUAACGUGUCCGGCGAGAAUCUGGAGCUCUUAAAGAUGUUCAUGAACUUGCUCACCAAUCGCACUCCCAACACCGACGACGAGCCCGCCGAGUUUCAAAUCGACGACACCUACUCUGUGCCAGGUGUGGGAACCGUGGUCUCGGGCACCAAUCUUCGUGGGACCAUCAAAUUGAACGAUUCGCUUCUCUUGGGUCCGGAUCCUUUGGGUCAUUUCAAUCCUAUCUCCGUGAAGAGCAUCCAUCGCAAACGGAUGCCCGUGACGGAAGUGCGGAGCGGUCAAACCGCGUCCUUCGCUCUCAAGAAGAUCAAACGCUCGCAGAUCCGGAAAGGCAUGGUCAUGGUGGCGCCCGAGUUGAAACCUCAGUCGUGUUGGGAGUUCGAGGGCGAGAUCCUGGUGCUUCAUCACCCGACCACGAUAGCCACGCGAUAUCAGGCUAUGGUCCAUUGCGGCUCCAUUCGCCAGACCGCCUCGAUCAUCGGCAUGAAUGCCAAUUGUUUGAGAACGGGAGACAAGGCGCAGGUUCACUUCAGAUUUGUCAAGCAUCCGGAGUUCUUGAAGCAGAAUCAGCGACUGGUGUUCCGUGAAGGUCGGACGAAGGCCGUGGGCAACGUCGUCAAGGUGAUUCCCCAUGCACCCGCUGGUCAAAGCAAUCUGCCCAAACACAAACCCAACAAGAUGACGCGGAAUGAGCAGCGCAAUCGCAGCAUGGCCGGAGGAGCAGCCGCCAACAACAAGGAGAUCGCGGCCAAAUGAUCGCAGCCGUAUCAACUGCGAUGUUCUUGUUUUUUGUUUUCAGUGUACAAAGACGACGACAGCCGAGAUUUUAAUAUUUUUGAGGAAAAGUGAGAAUCUGAACACUUUGUUAAACUGCUGUCAUUGAGGGGUAUCACGGAAAUAUAUAUGUUAUGCCAGGA